AUGUCAAGCAACCGUCAACAGCAAACUGGCGGUGGAGCAGGGCCUGGGACAAGUAGCAGCAGUACCGGUGGCACUACCAAUGCUAACGGUUCCACCAGCGUAGGCGGUAACGUUAGUGCGAAUGUGAACAAUUCUUCAAAUGUUGUGCCCUCACGGACUCUGGCUACAACUGGCGAGGGAUUGCUCGUACCUGCAGCGGUUGUCCAGUCUCCAAGAAGCUUAGCCACUCUAAGCAGACCCAGUUCAUCCUCUUCUGGCACCAGCAGAAAACGUCCUCUCCACCAAGCACCUCUCUACAAUGGUCUCUUGAAUUCCUACGAAGAUAAAAGCAACGAUUUUGUGUGGUGAGUUUUCCUGCAAAAUGCCAGCUAGCUUGCUAGCUACUUGGCUAACUUAUUUAGCUAGCUAACUAGCUUGCUGACUUGGUUGGUCAUUAUAUCUAGCUAGCUAGCUAGCUCAAUUUGAGUGCAUUCUUGUUUACAAUGUCCGUUUGGCAGCUAGCUAGCCUGGUAGCUACAAAAGCUCAGAUGCAUAUCAUUAAAACAGACUCAUUGAUUAUUCUCACUUAUUUAUUCUCACUUCAAUAGUUGAACACUGUCAAAGUAAGGUUAAUAUUCCUAAUUAAUAACCAGAUGUUGCAUUGCAUUUUCUUUUCAGCCCAAUCUGUUUUGAAAUGAUUGAGGAGGCACACAUGACAAAAUGUGGACAUAGUUUCUGGUAAGCAAACUUGAUGACAUUCGAUAGGCUACAGUACAUCCAUUUAAUUUCUAUAGCUUUUAGUACAAUUCAUCAAUAUUAACUAGUUCCUUUGGUAUCCUCCACCAAUGCACCAUUCAUUUUUCACUAUGCUGGUUUUCUUGAACUAACAUACCGCAUUCUAUUUCUGGGUUCAGCUACAAGUGCAUUCGGCAGAGUUUGGAGGACAGCAAUAGGUGCCCAAAAUGUAACUACAUCAUUGACAACGUGGAUCAGCUCUAUCCAAACUUUCUUGGUAGGUUUGUGUCUCUUGAUAUAGAUGAGGUUUCAAAACAAUUUCCUAGAUAUGUAGGUGGCUGCAUUAAUUAUCUGUGGUAUAGCAAGCUUCCCUACAGCCUUGUCACAGGCUUUGUCCCAAAUGGCAACAUAUUCCAUAUUUAGUGCACAACUGUUGUAUGAGCCCUGGUCAAAAGUAAUCUUUGAACCUUUCCAAUACAUCACUCCUCCUCAAUGGUAAUGCUAGCUCUUGUUUUGAUUACAGUCAAUGAACUUAUUCUCAAACAAAAACAGAGAUCAGAUGAAAAACGGCUGAAGAUGGACCAUCCGGUAAGUGCUUCAGCGAAUCAGGUCUCAUACACACACUUGCACAAGAAACCAGACCUGGGUGAAAUAUUACAACAAAAUGCAGACAACAACAUUAUGGGCCAGUUUCCCCAGACACAGAUUAAGCCUGGUCUUCAAUUUAAAAGCAACCUCAAUGGAGAAUCUUCAUUGAAAAAGCUUCUUAGUCCAGGACUCUGCUUAGUCUGUGUCCAGGAAACCGCCCUUAAAACUUUACCCUAGCAAUUGUUGUUGGUGUGUAUGAGGUGGUCUAAUAGUGAAGGAACCCAACAGUUAACCCAAUCUACCAGAAGUGCCUACCUAAUUGUAUAUUUAUCUUGUUUUUAGAAUGGGUCAAGAUGGCAAGUGUUCCAAGACGUCCUGGGCACAGACCAAGAGAACCUAGAUCUUGCUAAUGUCAACUUGAUGCUGGAACUCCUUGUACAGAAAAAGAAACAGCUGGAAGCAGUAUGUAUAUUUUGUUUAAGCAGUGUAUAUUUAACCAGCAGGAAAUUAAUGGCGGGCAGACGGCGGUACACAUUUGACAUUUUAGUCAUUUAGCAGACGCUCUUAUCCAGAGCGACUUACAGUUAGUGAGUGCAUACAUUUUUCAUACUGGCAAGCGCCAUGCUCUACCAACUGAGCUACAGGAGGCUACACUCACCCAAUGUUAACUUUUAUGCCUUUCCCUAACCCUUACCAUAACCUCACUGAGGUUAACCAUAACAUAACCCCUUAUCGAACCCAGGUGUGCAUGCUUGUACAGCGACCAGCAGCAAGGUAUUUCUCCUCAUGCACUCCUUGCUGCUGCAAAACCAAUUGCCCUCUGGGACAAAUAAAGUUGAAACUUGAACCCCCCAAAAAAUAUCUGCAGGUCAAAUAUACACUUUCUUUUGUUUAUUCAUAACUUUAAAUGAAAUUAAUCCUGUUAAGUGGAUAUGGGCUUUGUAGUCAUACCUUGAUCGACCAUUAACUCUGUCUGUUUAUUCCCAUAGGAAUCACAAGCUGCUCAACGUCAGAUCUUAAUGGAAUUCCUCAAAGAAGCAAGAAGAAAUAAAAGAGAGGUGUGCCCAAUGUCUGUUUGGGAUCUCAUUUUAUGUUUCAAUAUUUACUUACAGUACUAAUCUAUGUGAGGAAAUAACCAUUAGUUAUUGUGUGUUUAAUCAUUCAGCAACUGGAGCAGUUGCAGAAGGAGCUAAACUUUUUGGAGGAGGAUAUCAAGCGUGUUGAGGUAAAAUAAUGUACAUGGCUAGCUCUCCUAACAUUUCUGUACUCCUGAAAUGGAUUAGAAGUCAGAGAUCUGGUUUCCCUGACACAGAUUAUGCCUAGUCCUGGACAAAAAAAUAUGUGUCCCAGAAAAACCGCCCCAGAAUGUGAUAAACUUAGUCCUCCUCUGUGUUCUUUGGUUUUCAUGCAGGUAAAGGCUGUCUUUUGAGGAGUUUUUAAAACUAAGUACAUUGUGCAUUUUCUAGGAAAUGAGUGGACUGUACUCACCAACGAGUGACAUGGAUCGUAACUUGGACAGCACUGUGCCAAAUUUCGAGGCUCCCUCACCUGCACCCAGGUAAAACAAAAUUCUGUCCGGUACUUUAGGUUGUCUUGCAAAAGGACCAAAGUAAUUAUCUGACUCAGAAUAUACAUUUGGGAUCUCUGUAUGAAUAUCCUUUAAAAGUUGAGCUUUUACAGGAGACACACUGAUAUAUACUUACGGUAACAAACUAAUUCUUGCCUUUACAGUAGUCUUAUAGAUUCGACAGAGUACGUGAGUCAACCACCAGGUUUUGGUGGAACUUCCCAGGUAAGUCUGACCCACUUUAGUUUUCUGAGGCUGCAUCCCUAUUCUCCAGUCUUCUCCAGAAACUUCUAGUCAUGGAUUUAAAAGCAUAGGAUUGGUGUAAGAAUUGGCUGGAGUGUUGUUAAAUCCAUGCAAGAAAGUGUGCAAGUUUACACUUUGGGGGAAGGGUGGAGAAUCGAGACGCAGCCAUAGUGAACCAUUGAUGUUGGGGGUUCAGGUUCACGUUCUGCAAAUGCAUGUGUUUAGUGUCUGUCUGUGAUUUAAAAUGUUCUAUUUUACCAAAGGGGAAGAGGCAAACGUGGUACAACAGCACUCUGGCUUCGCGGAGAAAGAGGCUCACAGCGCACUUUGAAGAUCUGGAGCAAUGCUACUUCUCUAACCGGAUGACCCGAUUAACAGGUACCUUCUAGGUUUCCGUCGAAUUUUACUUAAAAGGCUUCUCUGGGUAAAGUAAUGUCCUUGUAUUCCAAAAGAGGAAGGGUGAUUGUAUCUCCCACAAAUGACCGCAACAACAACCCUCUAGGUUUAACUUUUAGCUGACUGAGCUGCAUUAUCUUGCAGAAUCUAUUUUAGGCUUGAGGCUCCUGCCCUCUGGCUGACUUGCAUGGCGCUCACAAGACAUAAGGACGAAUCAGAUAAUAAACAACAAAAACAUUAUUUACUUUCUAAUGGUGUUCAGGAUUAGAUAUUUAUUGUUUGUCAUGUCUUGUUUUAGAUGACAGCAGGAACCUAAAUCAACUGGAUGAUUUCAUGGAGUGUCUCUCAAAGUUCACACGGUACAACUCUGUGCGGCCGUUGGCGACCCUGUCUUAUGCUAGUGAUCUCUACAACGGCUCCAGUAUUGUCUCUAGGUAAUGUCAACCCUCAACUGUCAAACCCAAAACCUUUGAUGGCUUAGCUAAUUAUACUGAACAAAAAUAUAAAUGCAACAUGUAAAGUGUUGGUCCCAUGUUUCAUGAACUGAAAAAAAUUAUCCCAGACAUUUACCAUAAGCACAAAAAGCUUAUUUAUCUCAUUUUAUAAACAAAUUUGUUUACAUCUCUGUUAGUGAGCAUUUCUCCUUUACCAAGAUAAUCCAUCAAGUUUUGAGGGAGCGUGCAAUUGGCAUGCUGACUGCAGGAAUGUCCACCAGAGCGAUUGCCAGAGAUUUGAAUGUUCAUUUCUCUACCAUAAGCCGUCUCCAACGUUGUUUUAGAGAAUUUGGCAGUAUAUCCAACCGGCUUCACAACCGCAGGCCAUGGGUAAACACGCCAGCCCAGGACCUCCACAUCCGGCUUCUUCACCUGCGGGAUUGUCUGAGGAGGGGGAGUGCUGAGAAGUAUUUCUGUCUGUAAUAAAGCCCUGUUUUGGGGAAAAACUCAUUCUGAUUGGGUGGGCCUGGCUCCCAAGUGGGUGAGCCUAUGCCCACCCAUGGCUGCGCACCUGCCCAGUCAUGUGAAAUCCAUAGAUUGGGACCUAAUGGAUUUCUUUCAAUUGACUGAUUUCUUUCUAUGAACUGUAACUCAGUAAAACCUUUGAAAUUGUUGCAUGUUGCGUUUAUAUUUUUGUUAGAUUUAGCACAAUCCUAAUGUUUAGUAUCCACUUUGACCUGCAGAUGGCGCUCUUGUAUCACAAUACAUCUUCCAUUUGCCGCCAGAGUGUAGCUGAAGGCACCACUAUGUCUGUUGCUAGCUCUAUCUCUUAUCUAUCUCUAUGGAAAAGUACUAAUGUAAUCUGAUGGGAGACAUAGUGUGGUUCACAGUUGGCGCCUCAUUCCCUAUAUAGUACUGGUCAAAAGUAGUGCACUAUAUAGGGAAUAGGGGGCCUUUUAAGAUGCUACCAUGCUUUUUCUUAUGAUGAAAUAAUGCUUCAUUGCACGCAACUAAACUCACCAUUGUGUUACUCGUUUGAUUGAGCUUGAUGUUUUGCUCUCUAUCGCUCUCGUCUCUGCAGCAUUGAAUUUGACCGUGACUGUGAUUACUUUGCCAUCGCUGGCGUCACCAAGAAAAUCAAGGUGUUUGAGUAUGGAACGGUGAUCCAGGAUGCUGUGGACAUACAUUACCCUGUCAAUGAAAUGACGUGCAACUCCAAAAUCAGGUGACCUUUCAACCUGUCUUAACAUUGAGAAUUACCAUCUGUAUUACAAUAGAAACUACACACUUUUAAACAAUGUUUAUUACCUUACAGUGGGUGCCCUAUUCUGGAUAUUAUUUUAAAUGCUGGCAUAGAUUUAUGUAUCUGUUUUCUUUAUCAAGCAUAUUCAUUAAUCCUCAUAGAAACAUGGAACAGGUCUCGGCUCUUACAUCCCCAUGUGUUUUGUAUUUCAGCUGUAUCAGCUGGAGCAGCUACCACAAGAAUCUGUUGGCUAGCAGCGACUACGAGGGAACAGUCAUCCUGUGGGAUGGUUUCACUGGCCAAAGGUCAAAAGUCUAUCAGGUAUGCACCUGGCGCGCUCAUUCCCCCGAGGUUCCCCCCUUUCAAAUACCACUGCUCUAAUACAAUGGAACAAACAAACCACAGCUGUGGAGAUUGUUGCGACUAAUGCCACCUACUAUACCCAGAAGCUUUUACUUUUGUUUGAUUUUCUUUGGACACUACACUCAAUCCAUUACUAAAUGGAAACAGACACUGUUGCAGAUGUACUGUAUGAAAUACAUAUUUAAUGCACUCUAUCCUCAAAGUAAACCUUUGCUAAAAUAUGUACCCCAGUAUUCCUGGGCUAGUUAGAUAUUUACACUGUCUGUAGAUGGAAAUCUAUUCCGUUAUAAAAGUCAGUUAUGUUUGUUUCACACCUGUGAUGUUCCUCCAGGAGCAUGAGAAAAGGUGUUGGAGUGUUGAUUUCAACCUCAUGGAUCCCAAGCUUCUAGCCUCUGGUUCUGAUGAUGCAAAAGGUAAUGUUGAAACGAUGCAGUCGUUUGUUUGCAUUUCUCCCAAGGUCCUAAUAAACAAGAUGCCUGCUGGGUUUAAAGGGAACGUAUUGCUAGUCUCAACAUCUUUGGUGUUUUGUUAUUAAUCUAGGAUUGUAUCUGGUUUUUGUUUGUCUUUCAGUGAAGUUAUGGUCUACCAACCUUGACAAUUCAGUCGCCAGCAUCGAGGCCAAAGCAAAUGUGUGCUGUGUAAAGUUCAGUCCGACGUCGAGGUAUCACCUUGCUUUUGGAUGUGCAGGUAGGUUGAUCUGUGAUGCUACUUCUUCUUCCAAACCUCUUCCAAUGUAUUGAUUUGUGUGAAGGAUGAGUUGAAACAUGCAUUGCACUUCAUAAAUUUUUUUUGUGUGAAGGAUGAGUUAACAUGCAUUGCACAAGUUUUUAAAACAGUCAUUUUCUGUGUUUUCUCCCAGACCACUGUGUCCACUACUACGACCUCCGCAACACUAAACAGCCCAUCAUGGUGUUCAAAGGCCACAGGAAAGCUGUGUCCUACGCUAAGUUUGUCAACGGAGAGGAAAUUGUAUCUGCGUAAGUCUCUUCAAUCAAAUUAUGUUCAGGAAUGUCACAGUUUGACAAUUUGACCGUAUGGUAAAUGUUCCCCAAAAUAUCACAGCAUUUUCCUGUUAAGUCCCUGAUCUGAAAUGAAAAAUACCAUAUUUCGUAGUUGAAGUACAUGUUCUGCUGACAUAGUUCCUCUUCUGUACCACACAGCUCAACAGACAGCCAGCUAAAGCUGUGGAAUGUAAACAAGCCCCACUGCUUGCGCUCGUUCAAGGGCCACAUCAAUGAGAAGAACUUUGUUGGCCUUGCCUCCAAUGGAGACUAUGUUGCGUGUGGUAAGUGGGACCGCAUUGACAGCUGCAUGCUGUGUGGAACUGGAAAAGUCCUUCAGUGGAUGUGAAAAUGCUUUUACUCAGAUUGACACAAUCAGAUUGACAUUCAUAUAUGGCUUUAGAAUUCAUGACGUUUGGGGACAGUCUAUUCAAUUACCAAUCGUGGAUGUGUUUUCAGUUGUUUAAGAAUGCAUUUAGGGUGCUUUCAAAUGUAGUGAGUACUUUGAUAUAGUGAGUACUUUAAUAUGAUGGGUACUAAAAGAUCUGAUGAACCGGCAGAUUUUGGAGUUCAAUCACUGACAAUGAUGUCAUUCUUCUCGCUACAGGAAGUGAGAACAACUCACUUUAUCUCUACUACAAGGGGCUGUCCAAGACACUGCUGACAUUCAAGUUUGACACUGUGAAGAGCGUGCUGGAUAAAGACAAGAAAGAGGACGACACCAACGAGUUUGUCAGCGCCGUAUGCUGGAGAGCUAUGCCUGACGGGGUGAGCAAGAGAACUGUGUGUCAGUCAGAUCAGUGGAGAUUCAUGUCUGAUAUCCUCUUUUAUAUGUCUGCGUUACGGUUAAGCCUCUUGAAACGGCUGCAAACUAAAUAUUUUCUGACAACAAAUGUCUGUCUUGUGACCUUAAUAAUGCUCCCAGUAUAGGGUCUAUAAGAAACUAGGGCGUUCCUCCAGGAAGAAGGACACCACUGUCCAGUGGAGCAUGUUAUUACUCUCUGACACAAGGGAAAGUAACUGCCACACAAGAAUGGCUCAAAACACAAACAGUUUGGUCUAAGAUAAUGGUCACAAUCCCAAACGCAUCAACCCACCUACAAUGUCCAUGGUUGGUAAAUAGAAAAACACAGGGUUGAAAUACCUGGCAACACAGUCAUACACCAAGGUAUGUCACUGCUUAAAUUAACCACCUUUGAAAAACCCUGAUGAAGGCUAUGGGUCAAAACGCAUUGGUUUUAACAAUAAUGAAGCAUUUUAAUAACGACCUCUCCAAAAGUUGCAAUUUCCUCUUCACUUCAGUUUCUUCCUUAAUUAAUGGGCCUUGGUUGGAGAGCGAGGUAGCAACAUCGUUCCUUUCUCUUUGCAUUGAAUUUCCCUUACCAGCAUAGCUCAGUUUUCUACAGUUUUUCCACCAAAUGUGAAGUUAAUAACCUGAUGAUAUUGUUUGAAUGUUAUGGAUACAUUUAUAGACAGGCUCUUCUUUGAGGCCACAGUAUUGUCAUUUAGUAAAAGCAUAAUUUUUUAAAAUAAUGUUUGUGUCAAUCAACCAUGAGUACUAAUUUAACAGUUUCAUGGUUUGUGUUUGUGUCCUCUUGUAGGAGUCCAAUGUGCUGAUUGCUGCAAACAGUCAAGGAACAAUCAAGGUUUGUUUUGUAUUGUAUUUUACUCUGCCCGGUUUCCCGAUAGCGAUGGAACUUAAGCUUACGAGGGUUUUAACGACGCAUCUUUCCUACAACAGCCGAAGAUGUAACAUGCGUUUCCCAAAACACCACGCAGAGAGAACGGUCACUAAGUGCGUCGUUGGAGCAUGAGUCGAUACUGAUGGGAUCGAAAGAAAGGGAGUGCUGCUCUCGGAUCAGUUUUCUCCAUUUAAAAUCGUACCUUAUCUUACCUUAUUAUUUCACAAUACUGUUGACGGAUCAGCUCCUAGAGAAAGAUUACCACGUACAGCUGCAAAUAGUGAGGCGGCAUAUUCUAAUGCUUACCCUAUUAUAAUGCACUAAAUCACAGAUUUGGCACGUCAUUGCGCACUUUAGGCUACACGGCAUGACAUAUGUUGAGACAAAUUGCAGACAGUAGCCUACAAGUAGCAAAAUAAAACAAUUGAUUGAACAUGAAAUGUAUUUCAGUAUGAUUGAAAUGGGCCUAUAGCCUACUGUUUAUAUGUUAAUGUAUCAUCUCAGUUUUCAUUUGAAUUAUCAUUUUAUACAUUGCUUGUUUGUAUCAAUUGCAAAGACAUUGGCAACGUUGUAUUUGUUAACUUUGUUCUGAAGUUAUUGGCAGUUACAGAGAGAUGGAUAAACCAUGUGAUUCUAUGUUUAGCAGAGAUCUUCUGUGUAUAAAGUGACUUGGGAGGGGGGAAAAAGUAUCGAACAACGCACUAAGCUGUUCUGCGAGUGGUCUGAGGCAGGUGUUAGAUUACGAGUGUUUUCAAGUGCAAUGUUAAAAACGAUGGUUUUGGGAUAGGGCAAAGCGUCAAUACAGGACUAAGAUUGAAUCGUACUACACCGGCUCCGACGCUCGUCGGAUGUGGCAGGGCUUGCAAACUAUUACAGACUACAAAGGGAAGCACAGGCGCGAGUUGCCCAGUGACACGAGCCUACCAGACAAGCUAAAUCACUUCUAUGCUCCCUUCGAGGCAAGGAACACUGAAGCAUGCAUGAGUGCAUCAGCUGUUCCAGAUGACUGUGUGAUCAUGCUCUCCAUAGCCAAUGUGAGCAAGACCUUUAAACAGGUCAACAUUCACAAGGCGGAUUACCUGGACGUGUACUCCGAGCAUGCGCUGACCAACUGGCAAGUGUCUUCACUGACAUUUUCAACCUGUCCCUGACUGAGUCUGUAAUACCAACAUGUUUCAAGCAGACCACAAUAGUCCCUGUGCCCAAGAACAUGAAGGUAACCUGCCUAAAUGACUACCGACCCGUAGCACUCAUGUCUGUAGCCAUGAAGUGCUUUGAAAGGCUGGUCAUGGCUCACAUCAACACCAUUAUCCCAGAAACCCUAGACCCACUCAAUUUGCAUACCGCCCCAACAGGUCCACAGAUGAUGCAAUCUCUAUUGCACUCCACACUUCCCUUUUCCCACCUGGACAAAAGGAACACCUAGGUGAGAAAGCUAUUCAUUGACUACAGCUCAGCAUUCAACACCAUAAUGACUUCAAAGCUCAUCACUAAGCUAAGGACCCUGGACUAAACACCUCCCCCUGCAACUGGAUCCUGGACUUCCUGAUGGGCCGCCCCCAGGUGGUAAGGGUAGGUAACAACACAUCUGCCACGCUGAUCCUCAACACGGGGGCCCCUCAGGGGUGCGUGCUCAGUCCACUCCUGUACUCCCUGUUCACCCAUGACUGCAUGGCCAAGCACGACUCCAGUACCAUCAUUAAGUUUGCCGACGACACAACGGUGGUAGGCCUGAUCACCGACAACGAUGAGACAGCCUAUAGGGAGGAGGUCAGAGACCUGGCCGUGUGGUGCCAGGAUAACAACCUCUCCCUUAACUUGAUCAAGACAAAGGAGAUGAUUGUGGACUACAGGAAAAGGAGGACCGAGCACAUCACCAACAAACUAUCAUGGUCCAAACACACGACCGGGCACGACUAAAGAUUUGGCAUGGGUCCUCAGAUCCUCAAAGUUAUACAACUGCACCAUCGAGAGCAUCCUGACUGGUUGCAUCACCGCCUGGUAUGGAAACUGCUCGGCCUCUGACCGCAAGGCACUACAGAGGGUAGUGCGUAUGGCCCAGUACAUCACUGGGGCCAAGCUUCAUGCCAUCCAGGACCUCUAUACCAGGCGGUGUCAGAGGAAGGCCCUAAAAAUUGUCAAAGACUCCAGCCACCCUAGUCAUAGACUGUUCUCUCUGCUAUUGCACGGCAAGCAGUACCGGAGCGCCAAGUCUAGGUCCAAAAGGCUUCUUAACAGCUUUUACCCCCCCACCCCCACCCCCCCCCACACACACACACACACUUUUUACGCUGCUGCUACUCUCUGUUAAUCUAUGCAUAGUCACUUUACCUCUACCCACAUGUACAUAUUACCGCGACUAAUCUGUGCCCCCGGACAUUGACUCUGUACCGAUACCACCUGUGUAUAGCCUCGCUACUGUUAUUUUGCUGCUGCUCUUUAAUUAUUUUAUUUUUAUUUUUUACUUAACACUUAUUUUUCUAACUGCAUUGUUGGUUAAGGGCUUGUAAGUAAGCAUUUCACUGUAAGGUCUACACCUGUUUUAUUCGGCGCAUGUGACAAAUACAAUUGGAUUUGAUUUUGAAACAGCUCGGAGGUUUAACGAUGCUCCUACUAAUGUUCUAACGAUGAAUUUAGGCUUAAGAUGCUUUUGGGAAACCGUGCCCUUGACUCUGCUUAUGUAUUUAGCAUUCACACAGUCUUUCUCUGGUUUGGGAACUCGGAUUAAAGUUCUCCGUCACUGUGACGGAUUUCCGUCAUAUGGAUUCUGGAGAGGUCGUUUUUGAGAUAAUAAUAAAAAUAUCUCUGGGGUGGAGGGGUGGUUUAGAGAUGACAUGGCCUAAUACAGAAGAACGAAAUAUUUUUCCUCUUUUGUUCUCUAUUGCUCCUCUAGCAAGGGGGAAGGCUGAUGACAUCACAACUUCCCAUCAAACCAACUCAUGAAUGCCCUAUUCCUUGAAGUUUGUUUAAAAAACACUAUUUUGCUCAAAACAUUAUUUUUACCCUUUUAGUGUGUAUACUUGGGUUAUCACUUUUUAACAGGCACAUUCAAAAAAUCAUUGGACGUCAUUAAGUUUGUCAUUGGAUUCUUUUUUUGGGCUGCGUGAAGUGUAUCAGAGGUUUGUCAGCCUAGGAAAAAUGGAGGCUACAUGGUUUAUUCUUUCUGCUCACCUGUAUUUUUCUCUCUCUAUAGGUACUUGAGCUUGUUUAA